UAUGAAACGGCCGCACGUCAGAGCAGAGAAACAAACCCGACGACGAAAGUUAUUAUUUAGCGAAAUUGAUUUAUAAAGCCAGCCGAGCAAGUAUUGAAUCAGAUAUAUUGGUCGGAAACAACACACGAGGUCGUUUAACUACGUGACUAUUGUGUUUUUCAACUCAGUGCGAAAUGGAUAUUGCAACUUAUUUACAGUUAUUUGAAAACACUAUGAGCUCAUAUACAGGAGACGACCCGCUUGAUGCUUGGGACAAGUUUGUGGAGUAUCUGGAGCAAAGAUUACCUGCAGACGGUGGCAGCGGUAUGUCACUGGUGUUUGACAGACUUGUACAGAGCUUUUUGAAUGUCGAGAAAUACACAAAUGACACCAGAUAUGUGAACUACUGCAUCAAAUGCGCGAGGUUUUAUUCAAGCCCGGUAUCGCUGUUUAGUCACCUAUACAGUAAGGGCGUCGGUACCAAGACUGCUGCGCUCUAUGUGGCCUGGGCACAGCAGUUUGAAGAGAUGGGAAUGAAUGAACAGGCUGACGUCGUGUACCAGAAAGCAAUUGAGAACCAAGCCCAGCCAGCCGACACUGUUCUUCACGAACACAGACAGUUUCAAACAAGAACCGGAACCCAGACACCAGUAUCAGCAGGAGGCCGUAACCCGUUGCAAAACUCUCAUCUAACCAAUCAGCCUGUAGCUCAAAACAAGGCGUCGGUGGAUUGUCUGCCCAAACCACCCACAGUUAAAACCUUCAUAACAGUCUCUCGCUCUGAGAAUUCAGGGUGGAUUCCCCCAAGUCAAGACUCAAAUGUUGUGUUUGUGUCCGAGUACAUGAAGGAUGAACUUGUUUGUGAAGGAUCUGAGUUGUGCUUCGAGGAGGUCCGAGCGGAAAAAUACUUCCGGAAGAUGCAGCAGGAGAGGCUGCUGAGGGAGCAGGAGGAGGAACUCCGGAAACUGAGCAGUUCGUUGGAGGAAACAAACCGGGCUCUGGAAGUCUGCAGAGGUUUAACCGUCCAGCCUUCAUCGCAGAGGCUGUCUGUAGUAGAAACGGCUCCCAGCUUCAACCCCGAUCCCGCCCAGCGGUUCUUUGGGCGUCCUCGACCCUCGAAUCGUCUGAGCAGCAGGCGCUCUCUUGGCUUGAGAUUACACACGGAGCCGACCUUCAUCCAGGAGGCCCCUGCCAUCCCUGAACCUCCUCAACAGCAGACCGGGGCGUUUGACACGCACACUCUGAGCUCAGGCGCGUCCCUUCAUCCCUCUGUCCUGCCAGACGGGAGCAGUCAUUUACUAAAAUCUGCUACGACGUCCGCAGACCAAGUGUCUGCGGCCCAGACCUCGAUGCUUCAGCCUCGUUCAGUUCUGCAGCCCGUCUGCUUCGAGCAGAUGAACCUGUCGCUCCACAGACCCGCCUGCACCGCCGCUGUGAACGCUGAUGCUCUCUGCCAGGACGAGCGGGUGCGGGCUAGCGGCCCGGAGAACUGUCGACCUCAGGAGCAUCAGGAUGUGGCUCACCCACCAGAGCCUGAGGAGAAACUCAACAUGUCACAGGGUGGCACAGGUAACCUGUCUCACAUAACUCCCAACUCUUCACUGGGCUUUGUUCAGGCCACACCAUCAAGGGUGCUGCCGUCGCCCACUGUCAACACACGAGAAGCACUAGAUGUGAUAAUGGACAUGUUCCAGGCGCCGAACAUCCUCGAUGACCAAUUCAACAACACAUCGGUGCUCCAAGCUGCUGAGAAUGGCGCUGAUCCCGGUUACCCGAGAAAUGGAGGCGUCGUGUCUUUGACUAAGCCGUCGACCGCAGCCCCGUUCACCAUCUUCCAGGAAGACACUGACAAAGAAAACGGCAGUGCCGCCGCUCCCUCUGCGGUUGAGAAGUCUAAACUAAUCAGAGCUCUGGCCGAAAUCCCAGUUUCUAACAAACCUAAUGAUACUCCUUCAGAUCUGAUGCCGGAUGAGAGCACCAUGUGGGGAGCUCGCUACAACUCCCUGAACUCGCUGGCUGCUUGUCCCAACAGCACCACAGACUUCGCCAUGUUGGCUCAGUUUGUCUCCACGCCGUCCGCAAACAAAGCUCCUUUUAGCGGCGUCUUUUUCGAGGACCAAGAGAACUGUGAUGGUGGCGAUGCUGAUGAUUUUAUCAGACGUCAGCCGAAAAAACUCAGCCCCAUCAUGGAGCAGAGUCCGUCUAACGAGAAGCUCUCUGAAACCACCGUCGGUCAGCCUUCCUCCGAGAGACACGGCACCAUCGUCGGCGAAGGGCUCGCCACAGCGCAGCUCUGCAUGACCACCUCCUCCAUCACCAUGGUGCAGCCUCCCCCUCCCGCUGUGCUCUCCUUCAGAGACCAGACCACCUAUACGACCGACUCCUCCAUCCCCAGGGCCGCGGCGCCCAGCUGGGACGUGUACACGAGCCCCGAACCCAAACGGGCCUCCCUGAUCUCGCAGCCGGAGAGUUCAGUCGGACGCAAAAGCGAACCUUUUACAAUCAUGGAAGAUUCAGACGAACCCGCCCACAAACAAGUCUACGAUGUUCCCAUGAGUCCGGAGUGUGCUCCCAAACCAGACUGGCUGGCCGUCGGCAGCCCUGAGGUCUCGCUCGAGCCGGACCUGGACGCCUUCCUGAGUCCCCGUCCGCUCAACAAAGCGGAUGCUGUCUCGGACAAGACCCUGGUCGUCCCGAUGAGUCCAGAACGGCCACAGUUCUGUUCCGACGUGCCCAUGAGCCCGGGGCCGCCGCCGCCGCAGUUCAUCUCUGUGGAUGAACCCAUGAUGAGCCCAGACAGAGGGCUGCGGCCGAGCGCCACCGACGUGUCCAUGAACGCAGCGACGCCAGCCUGGGCGGCUCCGGCCCGGCUGGUGUCAGAUCCCUGGGACGAUGAAGUGAUCUCUGAUCUACUGUCAAACCUCACGCCGCCUCUCACCUCUCACCCCAGCUGCUUCACCUGGCAGUGCAACGUACCCAACAUCUCCCCAAAGACGACCAUCAGCAUGGGAAACGCUUCCCUGCGAGUCGACCGUAUCCUCGGAGAAGGUGCUUUCGCAACGGUCUACCAGGCUACUGACCCCAAGAGCUCGGAGAAGGUGGUGUUAAAGGUUCAGAAGCCAGCCAAUCCCUGGGAGUUUUACAUCAACACUCAGCUGGACGCCCGGCUGAAACCCGACGUCCGUCACCUUUACAGCAGCAUCCGCUCAGCUCACCUCUUCCACAACGGUAGUGUGCUGCUGGGUGAGCUUCACAACCACGGCACUCUGCUGAACGCAGUGAACAUCUAUAAAACCCUGAGUGACAAGGUGAUGCCUCAGCCUCUCGUCAUGUACUUCACCGUCUGUAUCCUGCACAUGGUGGAGCAGCUGCACAGCGUCCACAUCAUCCACGCCGACAUCAAACCUGACAACUUCCUGCUCGGAGCGAGGUUCUUGGAUAACAAGUGUUUUGAGCCGGAGAACACAGGCCACGGCCUUGUCCUCAUCGACCUCGGACAGAGCAUCGACAUGGAGCUUUUCCCAGAAGGCACUGCUUUCACCGCCAAGUGUUUGACCUCAGGCUUCCAGUGUACCGAGAUGCUCAGCGGGAAACCCUGGAACUAUCAGACGGAUUACUUUGGAAUAGCAGGGACUGUCUACUGCAUGCUGUUUGGGACCUACAUGCAGGUCACAAAUGAAGGCGGCGCAUGGAGGACAAACGGUGUAUUUAGAAGAAACCCCCACAGCGACUUGUGGCAGGAGUUCUUCCACACUCUGCUGAACGUGCCGGACGGCGGCUCGCUGCCGAGCCUGCGGAGCCUCCGCUGCAAACUGACGUCCGUCCUGCAGCAGAACUACAGCAGCAAACUGCCCACGCUCAAGAGCCGCCUGGUGAUUCUGCUGCUGGAGAGCCACAGUGCAGUGAGGAGAUGAGAACGCCUGAGACAGACCUCAGUUUAAUUUAAAAAAUAAAAUAAAAUUAAAGGUGCGAUUAGAGAGAAUUUUGCGGAAGGGGAUUAGGGCCACAUGUGAAAAUGUUUUUUGAGUGCUGAGAUUAAAGUCAGAAUUCUGACUGGCCCUAAUCCUCUUCUGCAGAAUUUGUACAUAGAAAAAUGUAAUUAUAUUUACUUGCUUUUUAAAUUUCAUUUCAUCAGCUUCCAAAUUGUUUUAAUGUUUUUUGCAUUAUAAUUUUUCUUUGGUAAAGAAUAAAAAUGGUUUCUCUUGA